AUGACGGACGUAUACCGUCCCGCAACGGGCAGAUGCCCACCCCUGCGACAGGUGCGAGGAACGAGGCUUGAUACGAUAGUAGAGGACGCGCGCGAGGCGCAUUAUGCAGACUCUACAAAGCCUGUUGCAUCCAGUGCCAAGCAGACAACACCAAAGGCACCGCAACCUCCACAGCCACCACAGCUGAAGCUCAAGACCAGCGGGCUUUCAUCAGUGUCUCGACUGCCUCGAUUCUUCUCGCCAAUAUCCGCAGGCUCCGUCUCCUCUUGCUCAGACACUGAAUGGCAGCGUCAGAUGCAGCCGUUUGAAGACCUGUACGAUGCAACGGAUGACGAUUCGGACAUCAGUGAUGAAUGCACUUCCUUCGCUAGCACCCGACCAACAAGCUUGGUGACACCCACGACGCGUACUUCGGUUUUUUCUCCGGUCUCCCGCAGCCGGUACCCUAGUCUCACGAUACCGUCGUCCACAAUGUGGCCAUCACUGCAUGGUGCUGCAAAGAGCUCUCCGAUUCCGCCAACCCCGCCGCCAAAGAUUCCUGUCUCCCCAGCUGCCCUGUCAAUGCUCGCCCAUUCUGUGCCGGCCGUGCAUGCCCCGCCGUCCUUGGACGGAAGUGUCUCCUCUGAUCAGGUGUCAAACAUCAGUGCUCCAGCAACUCCAGACCUGCAAUCCCUCCCAGACAAUGACUGGACUGCACAAGACGUGCAUGUUCGUCACGAACUAGAGGAUUCACAGGAUGAAGAUCUUGAGGCGGAGCCGGAUACCCAAAGCAUUCAGAUCGCUAUUGAGAGCGCCAACGAGGACUGGCGUCAGGUCCUAGGCAGGUUUCCACGGAUCCCGGGCGGCCAGUCGACCGCGUCGUCAAUUGACCUGGAUGCGGAGCCAACACUGAGGCACAUCUCCCUCGGUGGAACUCCAGAUCCCUGGUCGGAAACUUCUGAGUCCAACGAAGAGAUUGCCGACGAUGCCACUCCGGCGUCAGAACUCUCAGGGUAUAGUUUCAGCAGGCUGAGCAUACCCUCACCUGCACGUCACACAUGGUCUAUCCCCUGUGGAAAUAAACCGCCGACUUCUGCCACUGCCGAGGGCUUUUACAAGCUACCGUUCUGCCGGACCGAAGGGGAGGUAGUUGAGCAUGUCAUAGAGUACCCCGAACGGACGACAGAAGAACAGCUGACAGCCGUAAUUCCCGAGGAAAAGACGCCCAAAUUAUUCGAUCAAUUCGAUGAUCAAGCAUGUUCUGAGGAUGAUGCUAUGGACGAUGCUCUUCCGCCCAUCGGCCCGGACGAUCAGUACGAACGAGACGAGGACUAUGAGAGCGAACUAAAGCAAAAGGCAAUGUCGGCUCUCAAUGAGACCAAUCCCGUGAACAUGUUGGAUGAAGAGGCUUACAACGAGGAAUUAAGCCGGAAGCAGUCGGCGGUCCAGCAACAGUCCGGCAGUCGGGACACCUUUUCUCGUUUGCGUGGAAACUAUGAGAUCGCUCGUCCGGAACGUCCAGCUUAUAAAGGGCCCUUCUCAUUGGCGCCUCGCAACUCAACAAUGGACUCGGCUCUGGCAGAAAAGGCCCAGUUCUCCAUAGUUGAGAAGGAGCAGACCGUAUUGUCUCAAAUUCGUCAACCGAUCACGCGUAAACGAACUCCCCGUCAACUACGGAUCCUCGACCUCGGCGGACACGCCUCAUGCGAAUGGGCUUGGCAACUGGCUCACGAGUACCCUCAUGAAGUCAACCCAGGCAUCAAAGGACCUCCCAAUCACCGGCACCUUCCUGUAUCCCAACUGUGGAAACUGCCGUUCGCCGACAAUAAGUUCGAUAAAGGAUGCCCGUCUGGGGAGACUCAAGACCAGUAUGACCUUUGCCUGAAAGAAUGUCGACGCUGCCUCAAGCCAGGUGAAAUCACACGUGCUGGCCCGCAAGCAUCUGCCAGGUCAGCUGAAUUUGCGUCCGGCUUUCUCAGUCGCUUGCAGAAGAACUUUGCGGAUGUGAAGCGAGCCUGGAUGUUCCUACCUAUGGGUACUGAGCCGGUCAAGUCUGAACCGCCUAGAGAGACCCCCGAUCCGAGGGUGAAGAGUCUCAUUGAAGAAUGUGAAGCGGUGCAAGGCCCAGUCGGGAGCACGGCAGAUAUCGCCAGUGUUACGGGUGUGCUAGGUGGCUGGAUCUGGGAACAAUGGCUUGUAAAACUGCAAACAGAACUGGGAAUGGAUCAACAAGAUCUGCUGGCAGGCAUUGGAAGUGUCUUCUUCAAGACUCUUACCAACCAAACGGUGACCAUCGAACUCAAGAACGACAUUCGCAUCCGCGGCACUCUCAAAUCCGUCGACCAGUACCUGAACAUUAAGCUGGAUGAUGUCGACGUCCUGGAUCUGGAUAAAUACCCGCAUUUGUCGUCCGUGAAGAACAUGUUUAUCCGUGGCAGUGUGGUGCGUUUCUUCCAAAAGGCGGACGGACCGCCGAAGGCUACAUCUCGGCAGUCGCGGAUUACGCAAUUCGCGAAGAAAGCGGAGAAGAAUAAUACGACUGGCGAUGAGGGGUCCUCGGGGGUGAGGGGUGGCAAUGGGGCUGCUGGUGCUGGGGGGUUGUUUUUGGAGGAUGCGAAGAAGGUGGUGAAUUAUACGAGUGGUGGGGACUAUGUGAGGGAGAAGACACCCGAGGAUAUUUGGGAGGAAGAGGAGGAACGGUUUCAGGAAAAUGGGGGCAGUGUGAAGAAGAGGAGGGUUGAGGAGGGUAUCUCGCUGGAGGAAGAUAUUGAUAAUGGGAGUGGGGAGGAUAAGAAGAAGACGGAGAGCGAGAGUGGCACUGAAUCGAAGUCAACUCAGAAGCCGUCUCGGUCAGUCAGCGGGCCAUUCAUUGAUGAAUCGGACAGUGAGAGCGAGGAUCUGGAGCAGUUCAGGGAAUACGAGAAUGGGACUGAGAUUGAGGCCAGGGUAUCGGACAGGAAAGUAAACUCGGCAGACGAAACCCAGGCUCCCGCAGUCGAUGUCGACACACCACCGGUAAGAGAAGCCACGAGCCACGACGAUGAUGUUUACGCGGAUUUUGACGAUCUUGAAGAGGACGAGUUCCGAGGGGAAGAAGACUUUUUAGAUGCAUUCGACGAUGAUGAGGAUUUCAAAGGCGACAUUGGACUUGACGACAGCGGGAUUCCGGGUGAAGACUUUGGCUGUGAAGCGCCUGUGUGCCCUGUAUGUCAGGCUGUUUUGACAGGCUUGUCUGAGACGGAUGUCUCGGUACAUGUCAACGAUUGUCUUGAUGGGAAGCCUACGGAGUCGUUGAAACAUGAGCCACAGGCGGAGCCAGACCCGGACCCGGAGCCGGGACCGGAGUUGAAGUCGUCGAAAGGAAUGAGUCUUGCCGACCGGGCUGCUAUCGCGAGACCAGCGCAGCGUGACCCAUAUGCCACUGGCGUCGCAGGAACGAGGUCGGCCUUUUCGAAGCUCAUGGCCGGCAACGCGGAAGAUACAGCAUGGAAUGCAGCGGCGGCCAACGAGGUUGCGUCCCGUGGCAAACAAGCUUAUCAACGGACGUGUCCGUUCUACAAGAUCAUCCCUGGCUUCUCCCUCUGUGUGGAUGCGUUUCGAUACGGAGCCGUCGAGGGGUGCAACGCGUAUUUCCUCAGUCACUUCCACAGCGAUCAUUACAUCGGCCUUACGGGGUCCUGGCGCCAUGGACCAAUCUACUGCAGCAGGCCUACGGCCAAUUUGGUGUGCCAGCAAUUGAAAGUUGACCGGAAGUGGCUUGUACCACUUGAGUUCGAACAGAAGACGGAAAUCCCGGCGACGGGAGGAGCGCAAGUGACCUUGAUCGAAGCGAAUCAUUGUCCCGGGAGCGCCAUCUUUCUUUUCGAGAAAUCAAUGGGAUCCGGCCCCUCGCAGAGGACACACCGUGUCCUUCACUGUGGUGACUUUCGCGCCUCGCCACUGCAUGUGCAACAUGCCCUUCUCCGCCCGGAGAUCACUGAUCCUGCAACUGGCAAGGCUCGCCAGCAACGAAUCGACGCCUGCUAUCUCGACACUACCUAUCUGAGCCCUAAGUACGCAUUCCCAGGCCAAGAAGACGUCAUUGAAGCUUGCGCGGACCUCUGCGUUGAGCUCGACCAAGACGCCAAUGAUACCAACGGCCGAGCAUUCGGACGACCAGUCAAUGGGAAAAGCGGAAUGCUGAGCAAGUUUGUGACGGCUGUGACUGGAUCCCGCCCGUCUCCAACGCAAGGAAGCCGUCCUCCGGGGCGGUUAUUGGUGGUGAUUGGGACGUACAGCAUCGGCAAGGAACGCAUUUGUCUGGGGAUUGCGCGGGCAUUGAAGAGCAAAAUCUACGCAACGCCAGCUAAGCAGCGGGUCUGUGCGUGCCUCGAGGAUGCUGAGCUGUCAUCGCUGCUGACGGACGAUCCCACGGAGGCGCAGGUGCAUAUGCAGACGCUCUUUGAGAUCCGGGCGGAGACGCUGGCGGACUACCUGGACUCGAUGAAGCCGCACUUCACGCGGGUGGUGGGAUUUCGACCCACGGGGUGGACGUAUCGACCGCCAGCUGGAAGAAUGCUGGACAACCCACCGGUGUCGGUGGUGCUCAACUCGGCGCAUUGGAAGACGCCCUUCUCUGCGAAAGACCUGGUGCCACAGCGGGGGAGUACGCGGGAAAGUGCCUGCUUUGGAGUGCCGUACAGCGAGCACAGCUCAUUUCGGGAGUUGAGCAUGUUCUGCUGUGCACUCCGGAUCGGACGGGUGAUCCCCACGGUGAACGUGGGUAGCCGGAAAAGUCGGGAGCGCAUGAAGGCGUGGAUUGAGCGAUGGGAGGCGGAGAAACGGAAGAAUGGAUUGCGGAUCGGGGCAUGUUGCCUAACGGGGCAAGUCAGGAGUAGCACUCUUAUUCACUCGUUAUGCUUCCGGAACUCUCGCCUCCCCGAAGUCACGAGAUCAAUAAUUAGAAAGCAACCAUGGCCAUACCUUUCCCCCACAAAAACAACCAUGCUCGCCCUGCUCCUGUCACCCUACGGGGCCUAUCUGGGUCUAGCCUUGCUAGUCCUCUACUAUCUCCUUCCUUAUCUACAACGCUCUCACCUUCGCGAUAUCCCCGCCCCCGGUCUGGCCGCCUUCACCAAUUUCUGGGUGCUCCUGCAAACUCGUCGCGGUCACCGUUUUAUCGUCGUCGACAACGCUCACAAGAAAUAUGGAAAGCUCGUUCGCCUCGCCCCCCGUCAUACCUCCAUCGCCGAUGAUGGGGCCAUCCAGGCUGUCUACGGCCACGGAAAUGGUUUCCUGAAGUCUGACUUCUACGAUGCCUUCGUCUCCAUUCACCGUGGUCUCUUCAACACGCGCGACCGCGCGGAGCACACCCGCAAGCGCAAGACCGUCUCCCACACCUUCAGUAUGAAGUCCAUCGGCCAGUUCGAGCAGUACAUCCACGGCAACAUUGAGCUGUUCGUCAAGCAAUGGAACCGCAUGGCCGAUACCCAGCGCAACCCCAAGACCGGUUUCGCCAGUCUGGACGCCCUGAACUGGUUCAACUACCUGGCUUUCGACAUCAUCGGUGACCUGGCCUUCGGCGCUCCCUUCGGCAUGCUCGACAAGGGCAAGGAUUUCGCCGAGAUGCGCAAGACUCCCGACUCGCCCCCCUCCUACGUCCAAGCCGUCGAGGUCCUCAACCGCCGCGGUGAAGUCUCCGCCACCCUGGGUUGCUACCCGGCCCUGAAGCCCUUUGCCAAGUACAUCCCCGACAGUUUCUUCCGUGAUGGUAUCCAGGCCGUCGAGGACCUGGCUGGUAUUGCCGUCGCCCGUGUCAACGAGCGUCUCCGCCCCGAAGUCAUGGCCAACAACACCCGUGUCGACCUGCUCGCCCGCCUCAUGGAAGGCAAGGAUGGCAACGGCGAAAAGCUCGGUCGCGCCGAACUUACCGCCGAAGCUUUGACCCAGCUGAUCGCCGGAUCCGAUACCACCUCCAACACCUCCUGCGCCAUCCUCUACUGGUGCAUGCGCACGCCCGGUGUGAUCGAGAAGCUCCACAAGGUCCUGGACGAAGCCAUCCCUCAAGACGUCGACGUCCCCACCCAUUCCAUGGUUAAAGACAUCCCCUACCUCCAAUGGGUCAUCUGGGAAACCAUGCGCAUCCACAGCACCUCCGCUAUGGGUCUCCCCCGUGAAAUCCCCGCCGGUAACCCCCCCGUCACCAUCUCCGGCCACACCUUCUACCCCGGCGACAUUGUCUCCGUGCCCAGCUACACCAUCCACCGCUCCACGGAGAUCUGGGGCCCCGAUGCCGAGCAAUUCGUCCCGGAGCGCUGGGACCCCGCUCGUCUCACCCCUCGUCAAAAGGCCGCUUUCAUUCCCUUCAGCACCGGCCCCAGAGCCUGUGUCGGUCGCAACGUGGCAGAGAUGGAACUCCUGGUUAUCUGCGGUACGGUGUUCCGUCUCUUUGAGUUUGAAAUGCAGCAGGAGGGUCCCAUGGAGACGAGAGAGGGUUUCUUGAGGAAGCCCCUCGGACUGCAGGUCGGUAUGAAGCGGAGACAGCCUGGUUCGGCUUGA